AUGAAGCUGUAUUUUGUGUCGUUAUUCCUUCUUCUGGCUAUACGUAGUAGCUGUCAGCAGAAAGAGCUAAUGAACUAUUUGUUUAAAGAUUACCGAAAAGAGCUAAGACCUGUUAAAUCGGAACUUUCGGGACCAACCAAUGUCACGGUGCAACUAUAUUUCAAGCAAAUUCAAAAAGUUCAGGAAAAUGAUCAAAUUCUGACAAUUUAUUGCUGGUUGGAAGAAUAUUGGUAUGAUGAAUUUCUUUUAUGGAACCCUGACGAGUUUGGGGGCGUCAGUACAUUGCAUGUGCCAUCCGAUAUGAUUUGGAAGCCAGAUCUGCUCGUCUAUAACAAUGCCAAUAUGAACAUCAAAGAGAAUGAGAUGCAAACGAAUGUUCUAAUUGAAAACACUGGCAAAAUUUCAUUAUUUCGAGCUAUCAUCACUGAUGUUACAUGUGAUCUACAAUUGGAUCGCUUUCCAUUUGACCAGCAAAUAUGUUACAUAAUGUUUGCAUCAUGGUCUUAUGAUGGUUCUCACAUAAUGCUUCAAACAGUUGAAGAGCCGACAGUCGAACCAAGUACUAACAGGACCAAUCUAGCUUCCCUUAAUCAUUAUAUACCAAAUAUGGAAUGGAAACUAGUAGAUUUCAAAUAUCGAAGCAAUUUGAAAUACUACGAUUGCUGCCCUAGUCCUUAUCCAGAUAUUUCAUAUUUCUUCGCAAUCAAACGAAACCCUUCGUAUUACCUCUUCACUCUCAUCAUUCCUUCAGCUUUCAUAACUAUCGUUACUGUAAUCGGUUUCUUCACUCCUCAUUCAUCUACUGGCGAGAACACUGAGAAGGUCAGCCUCGGUGUUACAGCCCUUCUAUCUUUGGCUAUUAUUUUAAUGAUGGUAUCUGAUAAGCUACCAGCUACUUCGAACUCCGUUCCAUUGUUAGGGCAGUACUAUAUAGGUCUUAUAUUCAUUAUGUUCUUGGCGACGUAUUGUACAACGUUCACGUUGGGAGUUCAAAUGCAAGGAAAUGCAGGUCGUCCUAUAAGCCGGCGUGUGAGAUCGUUCCUGUUAUCUAUUCAUAUGAACAAGAACUCCAUUGUACAAUGGUUUUUCGGUCGUGAGCUUAUUAAUACACAAGAGAGUAUAAAAAUGCGACUCAAGAAAUAUGAUAAGUUGACGGAGAUUAAAAAAACAUUCGCCAGCAAUUUUCUUCAAUUUCAGCAAAAGCUAAUCAGAACCAACGAUACCAAAAAAACGCAAAUUGUAACAUCGCCUUCUACCACUCCCGAAAUCGAGGAUGCGCACAAGAGCUUAGAUCCAGUAAUGCAAAAUCUUGUGAUGGAUGUCCUCGCAGGAGUGCAGGCUAUUCGACAAGAUCUCACAGCUCAAGAACACUUGAAAAGAAUCAGAAAGGAAUGGCAAAUGCUUGCCAGAAUGCUUGAAAAAAUGAUUAUGUGGAUAUUCAUCAUCUUUACAAUCAUGUUUGCCUGUUUCAUGUUGUACGAUACACAGGAAGAGCCGUUCAUCUCGGAGGAAUAUAUGUUGGAGAAGGCUAAGACAUAA